UCGAGGUCAGGUACUCUGCCAAAUCUCAGCCUUAGUCUUUAAGGUAGCAAACUGGCAAAUUAAUCUUUAUUAUCUGUCAGAGGCUAACUCCUCCCCAACCCAAUUAAAGCCUUUAAUACAAGUGGCAUGAGACCACACACCAGCCUCACUGCAGAACAACAUCUCUCUUGAAUUUGCUGCAACCAGCAUGGGGACUCUUCAGGAAAAAAUCCUCAUUCUUUCGAUUCUUCUGACUUUGAUCUGUGCCAUUCAGGUCAAUUCACUGCCUCUGCCUGAAGACUGGAAUGGUUUGAUCCAGCGGACCAAAAGAUCACUACUGUGGCGUUGGAACAGCAUGAAGCCUGUUGGUGCCAGCUGCAGAGAUCACUUGGAGUGCGGCACAAAAUACUGCAGGAAAAAUAUCUGUUCCUUCUGGAUAUCCACCUAAAAAAGACAAAUACAAAAACAGGAAAAAUCCAUCAUGGUGACUGUCUACAAAACAAACAUCUACGGACCUUAUGGAACAGAAGCGACUUGUCUCAAAAUUUAAGCCUGUAUGAAGUGAUUGCUCUGAUAUUCUGGAUUGAGUUGGCGACAUGUCGGAUGCUUAUCAGUUAAAAGUAUCUUGAUAUGGCACUGCACUGCUACAAAACAAAGCUGUAAAAGCUGGAUUCACAUAAACAGUAAAAUGGCUCCAUCUACAGUGAUACUGAUUUUUAACAUUUGAUUUCUUUAAAAAUCUGGCAGAACAUCAGACAGGAUGUAUACAUCUGAACAUCUUUUUGAUAAGAAAAUACAAAUAUUCACGCAAAGUUUACGAGGUGCUCUGAGUUUAUUGGUUCAUGUUAUUAUUAUAUAUUUAUUUGUACAUAUUGUAAGCCAUGUAAAUAUUCAAAUAUACUUUACAUUUUUUUAUAAGAGGUUGUUUUGCCCAAAUUCUGUUUGUCUUUAACUGUAAAACAAAUUCAAAACAAAUUAAAAUAUCCCUCACA